AUGUUAAUCCUGAGUGCACUCGUCUGGUCUCUGGUGCAUUUUGACUCGAAUAGUCAAAAGUUUUGGGAAUCUCGCAAUAAGGGCGAUGAGUCAACAGUUUUCGAAAAAGAUGCAAAUAACGAUAACAGGCCGAAGAAACGGAAAGAAAAUUUCAUCACGAAGGUUCCAAUGGUAACGUUAGCUGGCCACAAAGAUGCCGUAGUAGGAUUGAAGUGGUGCUCCUAUAAUAACAGUCAAGUGAUAUCUGCUUCGUGGGAUCACAGCAUCGCUGUAUGGGAUCUGCAAUUGGCUGGCGAAGUGUCGCGAAUUCGUGGAUUGAAGGCCUUCACGAGCAUAGAUGUGAAUCGUAAAACAGGUUUAGUCAUCAGUAGUAGCACGGACGCUGUUCCACGACUAUAUGAUCCUCGAAGUCAUGGUGAGCGUGUUCUUCCUUACGAGCGUUUGCAGUUUUUGCUC